CAACAGUUUUCCAGUUCUAGAAGGAUAAGAGAGAGAGAGAGAUCCCUAAAUCUGUCUGAGAAAAAGCGAGGGAAAAUCUCUAGGUUUCGGCAUCGAUCGGGUUGUCUUCUCGCUGUAAUGGCUGAUGUUGCCGACAAAUUGGCGUACUUCCAAGCGAUCACAGGCCUCGAUGAUCCCGAUCUGUGCACCGACAUUCUCCAGGCCCAUGGAUGGGACCUCGAACUCGCGAUCUCCUCCUUCACUUCCUCCAAUCCGAACAACGACGCUUCGUCUUCAGACUUCGGAGGCGGCGGAGAUCGGUCCGCCAACACUGCUGGUGGAGGUAGCGUCGGCGGCGGCGACAUGAAUUAUUCUCCAUCUCAUGAUGCUGUUGACCAUACGGAACUUGCUGCUGCUCAGAUGGGAGGAAGUCGCAACCGCGGACCACCGGGAGUUGCGUGGAGGAUCAUUACUCUGCCGAUAUCGAUCGUGUCUGGUAGUCUAGGGUUGGUUUCAGGCGCGAUCGGAUUGGGAUUAUGGGCUGCGGGUGGAGUCCUUUCGUAUUCGCUUGGUAUGCUGGGGCUCGGAUCGGGUCGGAGUUCUGAGUCCUCUGCUAGGCUUAUGUCUGUUUCGGCGGCGGCUGCAGAGGCGAUGGACUUCGUGGCUGCAUUCGAGAGAGAGUAUGGGAGCAAUUUCAGGCCUAACUUUGUGGCCGACGGGUUCAUGGACGCUCUUCAGCGGUCGAGGAGCGAGUUCAAGCUGUUGUUUGUUUACUUGCACUCUCCAGAUCACCCUGACACGCCAGUGUUCUGCGAGAGAACGCUCUGCAACGAAGCCUUUGCCGCGUUCGUCAACGAGAACUUUGUAUCCUGGGGAGGUAGUAUUCGAGCUAGCGAGGGCUUCAAGAUGAGUAACAGCUUGAAGGCAUCUAGAUACCCAUUUUGUGCUGUGGUUAUGCCGGCUGCUAAUCAGAGAAUUGCUCUUCUUCAGCAGGUCGAGGGACCUAAAAGUGCGGAAGAAAUGCUUGCUAUACUCCAGAGAGUGCUGGAGGACAGUUCACCUGUUCUUGUAGCAGCUAGGGUCGAGGCUGAGGAAAGAAGAAACAAUAUGCGUCUGAGAGAGGAACAAGAUGCUGCUUACAGGGCAGCCCUUGAAGCUGAUCAAGCAAGGGAACGACAAAUACGAGAAGAGCAAGAGCGUGUAGAGAGGGAAGCUGCUGAAGCGGAGAGGAAACGCAAGGAGGAGGAAGAGGCUCGAGAGAGAGCAGAGCGAGAGGCUGCAGACAGAGAAGCUGCGAGAACUAGAAUGAGACAAGAGAAAGCCCUUGCUCUUGGAGACGAACCUGAAAAAGGCCCUGAUGUCACACAAGUACUGGUGCGAUUCCCGAACGGAGAAAGAAAGGGUCGGAGGUUUGAAAGCACGGCCACGAUCCAGAAGCUGUACGAUUACGUUGAUUCACUGGGCGUCUUAGAAACCGAAGAAUACAGCUUAGUAUCGAACUUUCCGAGAACAGUGUACGGAAGAGACAAGCUCUCGAUGUCUCUGAAAGAAGCAGGCUUGCAUCCUCAGGCUAGUCUCUUCAUAGAGAUGAACUAAACAGAAGAUUUACUAUAACCGCAAACUCCAGAGACAGGGACAGAACCGAAAGAAAAAAAGGGAACAAGUUUAACUGUGUUUCACUUUUCUUUAGCGCCUCUCUUCCUUUCAGGCUUUUCAAUGCGGCCCCAACAUUUUAGGUUUGAGCACAUUGAUCUUGGGCAAGAUUUCUGAGUCAUGUCUUGUGGAAAUUUGUCGAGUAGCUAAGCUAUGUGUUUGAGGCUUUACGUCAGAUGAAACAAACGGGCCAGUUGGAAAGAACCAGUUUGGAUUUUGGGGUUUAGGUUGGAAUAAUGUAGAUUUGUUUGGUUACAAACAUAAUUUCGUGAUAUUAAAUUUUAUUUCUGAAGA